AUGCGGCUCAAGGAAGUGGUCGAUGUGGCCUUUGGCUUUGCCGAGCCACGUUUAACUUGUGGAGCAAGCAACACAACUCCUGAAGACAAGCACCUCACCCUUCCACCACCAUUACCACCGCCCUACCUCUUCCCGACACGACACUCUUUCAUCGACCAAUUCCACAAUCCCUUCCACGCUUUCUCUUCAACCCAAACAAACAAAUCAACUAUGUCUUCGUCACCCCGUGCCGCCUCCCCCGCCAACGCAGGCGUCGCCUCCGGCUCCGAGAGCCGCGCGACCGGCCGCCCCAGCUCCCCCACUCCUCCCGGAGGCCCCAAGACCGCCAUUCGUCGCCGCGCAGCGCAGGACCGCGCCCAGAAGGUGGCGAAUACUCGUCCUAGCUCGACGCGUGCGGCUGGUGCGGGCGGUUCGAGCUCAACUAUGCUGAAGCUCUACACCGAUGAGUCCCCCGGCCUCAAGGUCGACCCUGUCAUCGUUCUGGUGCUUAGUUUGGGUUUCAUCUUCAGCGUCGUGGCCCUGCACGUCAUCGCCAAGCUCACUCGCAAGUUCGCGGCAUAGGCGGUAAAAGUGCAGCGACGGAGAGAAGGGAGGGAGGGAGAGAGUCUUCUUGUUUUCUUUCUUCUAUAGCAGGAAGGCGGAUAACCUAUGUUAUAUGGGUUGGAUCGGGUUUGUACAGCCAAAGGGUUCAUUGAUUGCACUAUUUCUUGCGGGUCUUUUUUUUCUUCUUGUUCGCACGCGUCUGUUUCUCCUAGGGUAUAAUGAAUGGAAAGGCGAAGUGGGUUUGGGGUUUUACUUCAUGUGCUUUGCGGGGAACUGGUGAUGUGCUACAUGUACGCAAUGGUGAGAUAUCGGGCUUUGGUCAUGCUGUCACUGCGGGCAUGGCAAAG